UGUGUCCCACUGUUGUCUCCAACUGUCUGCCACUCCCGUUAAUGUCGGUUCUCGUCUCCCCACUCACAAUGACCCCCAAAAAAUAGAGGAGAAGGAACAAAGCAAAAGCUUAAUAGCAGUUUCUAGUGGUUAAGCAGGAAGGGUUUUGAGAAUGUCGACAAACAUAUUUUGGCAAGAAUCACCCAUUGGGAAAACUGAAAGGCAGAAGCUGCUAAACCAGAAGGGUUGUGUGGUGUGGAUCACAGGCCUCAGUGGCUCAGGAAAAAGCACGUUGGCUUGCUCGCUAAGCAGAGAGUUGUACACCCGGGGAAAGCUAUCUUACAUUCUUGAUGGGGAUAACCUUCGUCACGGUUUGAACAAAGAUCUCGGUUUCAAGGCAGAGGAUAGAGUGGAAAAUAUACGCAGAGUUGGAGAAGUAGCCAAGCUCUUUGCUGAUGCUGGUUUGAUCUGCAUUGCCAGCCUCAUAUCUCCUUAUAGGAAAGACCGUGACGCUUGUAGGGAAUUGAUGCAGGGCUCAUCUUUUAUCGAGGUGUACAUGAACAUGUCUCUACAAUUGUGUGAAGCAAGAGACCCUAAAGGAUUAUACAAGCUUGCACGUGCGGGAAAGAUCAAAGGUUUCACAGGAAUAGAUGAUCCAUACGAAUCUCCCUUGAAUUGUGAGAUAGAGCUGAAAGAGAAGGAAGGAGAGUGUCCUUCCCCUGUAACUAUGGCAGAGGAAGUCAUCGCUUAUUUAGAAGCCAAAGGCUUCCUUCAAAACCAGUAACCACCACCAGAAUCCAACCAAGUCACAUUUGAUUUUCCUUUUUUUUUUUAAUAAGUGUUGGCUGCUUUCUUUACGUUUAUUCACUCUCCUGAAACAAUGCAAAGCAAAGUAGUUUGAACUAUAAAAGACAUGUUACAGCU